AUGAAUCGGAUGAUACACUCCUCUGAGCCACAAACGUCGUUUGGUGGCACUCAACAGCAACAACAACAGCAGCAGCCAAGCAGUUCGAAACACCAACAUUCGCAGACUCCCAAAAAGAAGAAAAGCUCAGGACAAGGGCGCAGAACUGCUGUUGACGCGAAUGGGAUGCCCAAAGAAAGACCUUUUGUAUGUCCUCGGCCAGAUUGUCAAAGGAGAUUCUGUCGAAAUGAUCACCUGCAAAGGCACAUGCGAAUACACACGGGUCAACGAUUAUUCCAGUGUCGAACUUGUCUUCGCUCUUUUUCCCGAUCGGAUCAUCUUGCGAAACAUGAGCGAACGCAUUCGUCUGAUAAACCAUUUAGUUGUUUGACGUGCGCUCGAAGGUUCCACAAACUGGACGAGAAAAAGAAACACGAAGAGAGAUGUCAACAUAAAAUGCCCUCGCAGGCAGAAGAACAAGUCAAUCAGUUGCUUCAGAAUAAUCCGCAUCAACAACUGAUGUACCCUCAACAGAUGCUUCUUGGCAAUCAAAUGGCGAUGCAAAGUCAGACACAACAGCAAUCAUCCGCGCAAUUUAAACAAGUGAAUCCGAACGGCGGCAGUCCGCUCGAAAUCCGAUCACUUAUUGCUCCCAAUUGA